AUGGCCAUUACAUAUGCCUUGAUGCAACGAUUCGAGGAGCUCGCUGAGACCGAGCCUGAGCGUGUAUCGCUCAUCAAGAAGGCCAAGGUCACCAAGAUCAACAAGGAAGGAAACAACGUCACCGGUGUCACAUACACCUUCAACAAUGAAGAAGUCACAGUUGACGGCCCUGUCAUCCUCGCAACUGGAGGUUACGCUGCCGACUUUACAGAUGAUUCCCUGCUGAAGAAGUGGAGACCCGACACCUUUGGCCUGGCCACAACCAACGGUGCCCACGCCACUGGUGAUGGCCACAAGAUGCUCAUGCAAAUCGGAGCCAACGGCAUCGAUAUGGACAAGGUUCAAGUUCACCCUACUGGUUUGGUAGAUCCCAAGGAUCCUGGCUCCAAGUGGAAGUUCUUGGCUGCUGAAGGUAUAUCUAUCAAAAUAGUCACUCAAUAUCGUUUGCUGACGUGUCAUNNAGCUCUUCGUGGUGAAGGCGGUCUUCUCCUUAACGGCAAGGGUCAGCGUUUCUCAGACGAACUCGGACACCGUGACUACGUCUCGGGCAAGAUGUGGGAGGAGAAGGAGAAGGGCACAUGGCCAAUCCGCCUUGUUCUCAACUCCAAGGCAUCCAACACUCUUGACUUCCACACUCGCCACUACUCUGGUCGUGGUUUGAUGAAGAAGAUGAGUGGUGAGGAGCUCAUCAAGGAGAUCGGUUGCUCGAGGAAGGACCUCGAGCAGACCUUCAGUGACUACAACGAGAUUGCCGAUGGCAAGCAGAAGGACCCUUGGGGUAAGAAGUACUUCCACAACAUGCCUUUCAAGGUAGACGACACCUUCCACGUUGCCGUCAUGGAACCUGUUCUCCACUUCACCAUGGGUGGUAUCGAAAUCAACGACCAGGCGCAAUGUCUGAACUCCGAAGGAAAGCCUUUCGAUGGUCUCUUUGUCUGCGGUGAACUUGCUGGUGGUGUUCACGGAUCCAACCGUCUCGGUGGCUCAUCUCUGCUCGGCUGUGUCGUUUACGGUCGUGUUGCUGGUGACUCAGCAAGCAAAUACUUGUUCCAGCAGGUACUGAACGGUGGCGGCUCUUCAGCAGCCCAGCGUCUAGGACAGAUCAGCCUGCACAUCGACCCUAACCAACCUGGAAAGAUCUCUGUGGAGUGGGCAAAUGGUGUUGGUGCUGGUGCUUCCUCAGGCGCCGACGAAGCCAUCAAGAGACAGUCGCAACAAUCUGCCGGUCCAGUCAUGACACCAGACGGCAAGACUGCAGACUCUUCUGACCCUGCCAAGGUCUCGAAGCCCAAUGACAUCAAGGACUUCAAGGUCCCUGAGAAGGAAUACACUCUUGAGGAGGUAGCCAAGCACAACAAGAAGGAAGAUCUCUGGAUUGCUGUCAAGGGUGUCGUCAUGAACGUGACCGACUGGGUGGAAGAGCACCCUGGCGGUCCCCAGGCUCUCUUCAGUCACAUGGGCAGAGAUGCCAGUGAAGAGUUCGAGAUGCUACACGACGACGAGGUCAUCCCCAAGUACGCCGCCGGCAUUGUGAUUGGCCGAGUAAAGGGCCAGGAAAUUACUCUCGAGUAUUGA